UCCAGUCUGUCUUUUCCCGAAAUAAGCCAGUGGGAGAGGGAUCGGUGGAGAGUAAGCCAGAAAGAUUGGAGCAGAGAGGUGCGCAGCCUCUGGUUAUAAGUCUCUGGAGUGGGACCCGACAGCCUUCAGCUCCAAACACACAGCCUUGCUGCUCGCCCGCCUGGCCUGACUGACUGACACACUGAGAUUCCCUCCACUCCCUCUCCCUCUUCUGUCCUGCUCCUUCCCUCCUACUUUCCACCGUGGAGAGUGAGAGUGCACAGAUUGGGAAGGUGCUCCUCAGACCUGCGCCUGGAUCGCUCGAAGACAGCACAGAGAGGACUUUUCCCUCGUCCUUCAUUUUCAUCCUCUCCCUGGGUUUUGCCGUCUCUUCCAAGCACGUGGUUGGAUUUUGUUUUUAGAAUUUUUUUCUCUCCAGACUCAGAAAAAGAACCAAAAAGAAAACAAAAGUUUGAAAAUAGAGUUUGCUUCAACUGCAGCAGCAGAGAAUAUCCAAUUUUUGAGUUUUAUUUAUUUUAUUUUGUGGUUGUUUUUCAUCCUUUUUUGCCUAUUCGACUCUCUGCACUUGCAGCAGCACUGGACCAGUUCAGAGUGCCAGCUCUUUCCCCCACAGGACGCCUCUCCUUAUUUUUGGCUGCAUGUUCACUGACUAUCUGAUACUGCCACAUCUCAUGGGAGACACGCGUGGCUGAACCAAGGAGGGCGGCCGGCAGAAGAGAGAGACCCACCUGAGGAGCACACCAACAGCUGCCCCGACCCACCUGCCCUACAAACCCCCUCCAACCUCCCUCCCUCCACCCCCCGACAGAGGGUGAGAUCUUUGUGUGUAUGAGAAGCUUGGGAUGCCGGUGACCAUGCUGUUGGCUCCUGUCUGCGUGCUGCUGAUGCUUGGGGGCCGUGCUUUUGCUGGAGGUUACCCCCCCAUCCCUCACGUGAAGUACAUGCAGCCCAUGAUGAAAGGACCUGUUGGCCCUCCAUUUCGAGAGGGCAAGGGACAUUACGUUGAUAUGCCACCUAUGAUGAAAGGGGAACCAGGUCCUCAAGGGAAACCUGGACCAAGAGGCCCUGCUGGGCCACCAGGAUUACCAGGAAAGCCUGGGAUGGGAAAACCAGGUCUCAAUGGACAACCAGGGCCUCAGGGACCUCCAGGGUUUACAGGAAUUGGUAAGCCUGGACUCCCAGGUCUCCCAGGAAAGAUUGGGCCAAAUGGAAUGCCAGGAGUUAAUGGCGAGGUUGGACCUCGUGGUGAGCCAGGACCCCGUGGACUUCCUGGGCCCCCUGGUGUCCCAGGCCCUGCUGGUUUGUCACUGAAUGGGAAACCUGGACUCCCAGGUAUCAGAGGUCCUCCUGGAGCUCGGGGUGAGCCAGGAUUAAAAGGUAUUUCUGGCCCACCAGGUGAACGUGGACAUAAGGGUGAGAAUGGUAAUGGGAAACCAGGAAUUCCAGGUAUCAGGGGGCCACCAGGUCUAAAAGGCAGUACAGGACCCCCUGGUUUUCCAGGUAUUGGCAAACCAGGACAGAAAGGUUUACCAGGACCACCUGGACUUAAAGGUGAUGAAGGACUGCCAGGCAAACUAGGAGAACCAGGACAGCCUGGGCCACCAGGUCUACAAGGUCUUCCUGGGCCAGCUGGGUUGGGAAAGCCUGGUCUAGAUGGACUUCCAGGAACACCGGGUCCUGUGGGUCCUAAAGGUGAACAAGGGACUCGAGGAACUCCUGGAACUCCUGGUGCACCUGGCUAUGGAAAACCUGGUGUAAAUGGGCCAAAAGGAGAAAAGGGUCAUGGUGGAUUUCCAGGUCUCCCUGGGGACAAGGGAGAACAAGGAAUCGUUGGUCCAAUUGGGGUGCCAGGUCUUGAUGGACAACCAGGACCACAAGGCGUUCAAGGUCCAAUGGGACUUCCAGGAAAACAUGGAAUGCCAGGGCAGAAAGGAGAGCUAGGACCCAAGGGACCCCCAGGAUUGCCUGGACUCAAAGGUGACCAAGGCCUCAGUGGUAUCCCUGGGCGACCUGGUUUCCCAGGGGAAAAGGGCAUCCCUGGACCUAAUGGUCCUAUUGGUAAACCAGGCCCUAAAGGUGAGUCAGGGCAAAUUGGCCAACCUGGGAAUCCAGGGUUGACAGGUUCUCCAGGGCCUAAAGGUGAAGUAGGCUUUAUAGGGACUCCAGGCCCCAGAGGCCAGUCAGGAAUUCCUGGUCUCCAAGGACCUAUGGGUCCUAUGGGCCCACAGGGUGCCCCUGGACCACGGGGAGAAGCUGGACUUCCAGGGCCUCCAGGGUUAGGCAAACUGGGUGACAAGGGAGCAAUGGGUCCACAAGGUCCACCAGGAAAACCAGGGCCUUCUGGGCUUAAUGGUAUGCCUGGUCCACCUGGUCCUCCUGGCCCUCCUGGCCUUCCUGGAAAUGGCCAAACUGUUGCUGCAGGGGUCACUGAUGCAGGACUAGGUGGCGAAGAAGUACCUGGGGACAGGAAGGGUCCUGCAUACACUCAAGUUCUCUCUGCCUCACUAGCACCAGCGUUCACUGCUAUUCUCACCACACCAUUCCCACCUUCUGCCCUGCCAAUCAAAUUUGAUAGGACCCUGUAUAAUGGACAAAAUGCUUACAGCACUUCUACUGGCAUCUUCACUGCUCCUUUAUCUGGCGUCUACUACUUUGCAUACCACAUGCACGUGAAGGGAACUAGCCUGUGGGUGGCUUUGUACAAGAACAAUGUGCCAGCCACUUAUACCUACGAUGAAUACAAGAAAGGCUACAUGGACCAAGCAUCUGGCAGUGCAGUCCUAGAGCUUAAAGAAGGUGAUGAGGUAUGGGUUCAAAUGCCCUCUGAUCAAGCAAAUGGCCUUUACUCCACUGAGUACAUCCACUCCUCCUUUUCAGGAUUCCUGCUCUGUCCCACAUAACCUUUUCUUCUUCUUCAAAAAAGUUCCUAUAUUUGUGACUCAGUUCAGCCCUAUACCCCAGACACCUGCAGCCAUAAUAGAAAUAUAAAAAACCCAUAACAUGUUAAAAAAAAUUACUACAAUCACAUUAUUUUUCUCACCUCCAACAGUCCCAGUUUGAAAAAAAAUUAAAAAUUGUGAAUUCAAUAUGAAAUGUUAAAAGGCAGGGGAAGGAUUGUCAUACUGUGUUCUUUUAAUGUCCUUCAAAUGUAUGUUUCGGGUUAUAUUUUGUGAUGGUUUUAGCCUAUAUUAAUUUUAAUUAUUAUAUUGUCAUAUUUUGUUGUUAUUUGAACCUUGUCAUCAGUAUCGCUUUUGUCUGUUGGAUUUAGACUUGUAAGUGCCUUACACGUAGCGAGUGCGUAACGGACCUUCCCGUGUGACUGCACAUACUGCCAGACAAUAUGGUCGUCAGAACGUGGGACGGGAGGGAGACACGUUUCCAGACAUGCAGUCGCUUCUGCGUGUGUAAUUUAAAUAAUUAUUUGAAAAAAAACAACAAAAAAAAAAAAAAAAGAAAAGCCUGCACAAAGAGUAACACUUCAACACAAGAUCACAGUUUUUUCUGUGAAAAGAAAUCAAGGCAUUUGGUCCUCCAACACUUUUAGUUUGCCCAAAUUCUAAAUUUCUCAAGAGAAAAGUAUACUUUAUUAUUUGUUGGUAUAUGAACGUAUUGGGUGCUAUUUUGUUUCUUUGUUUUUUUUUUUUGUUUUUUUUUUUUUAAGUUUGAGACCAUUUAGGAUGUGAAUAGAGUCUGUAUUUACAUGCAGUAAGAAAUGUAUCACAAAAGCAUCUGCAAAUGGACAGUAAAGACUGUCUACUGUUAGAUUAGCUUCGAUUGAUUUCUCUUUUUCAUUUGCACUGUCUUAUUGCACCAGAGAUUUCGUUUUCUCCCAAUACUCAAUCGUUCAUACAUCGUUCAUAGAACUAACAAUUCUACAUCACUUAGCUGUUCAAAACACAAUGCCAGAAACGUCCCUUUCUUCUUAUUAGAGAAAAAAUAUGUGAAUAUGGUAAAAGCUUGAGUGUAUUCCUGAACUGGAAAUGCUGAUAAAAUUCAAACUAAAUGCCUGUGACUAUGCCACCCGUGAAUUUUGGCACUUCUAGCAAACAUAUGUACAGAGGCUUAACACUGUAAACUGGGGUUUUCAGAAAAAAAAAGUUCUUUAGAUUGACCGUGCUUCCUUAAAAGCUAAAAUAAGAAAAAUGUUGUGAUUUUUUUUUUUUACCUCUUCAACAAUAAAUGAAUCAUAUAGAGGCACAGCUGCCCAAUUAAAAGAAAUGGUAUCCAAGAACACUGCCGAUUCUUUUGAAAAGAUAAAAAACCCAAUUGGCUAUUGUCAACAUUCCCGUACUUAGCCUAGUGUUAUAAAAUAUUCAAUGUCAUAUUUGGGCGUUAUUGGAUAGAUGCAGUUCUAUUUACUAUGCAAUUAAUAAGGAGGCAAGAGGCAAAUUAAUAAGGAGGCAAGAGGCAAAGAUCGUAUGUUUUCCAUUGUUCCAAGACUGAUUCCAAGAUUUUAAUUUGUCAUAAAUAAUUUUCCCCAGGUUGAAAAAAAAAAAAAAAAAAAAAAAAAACAUCCACACACAUACACCCAAAUUUUUCCUUCCUAAAUUUUCACAACUCUUUUCCAAGGGCUGCAAAUGGCCCCCGGGCCACACUUUUGACACCGCUGUUUCGGAGCCUUGCUAUCCGUGGAGAUUCCGUUUCCGUUUCCUUUCCUUUAUAAAGAUUAAGAUGCAUGUGUCACGAUUUAAUGGCUUCUUUUGUUGUCUUUAAAAUUUUUAUGACUGCCCCCUUUGUCCCAUCAAAUUUGCGCCACAUGUAAACGGGACGUUGUGAAGUUCUCAAAAAAUAAGCUUCUACAGAGUCUGAUCGACUAAAAAUUGUAAACUAUGACAAUAUUGUCCCUGUAUGGUUUGGCAUUGGUGAUAUUAAAAACAAUUAUUUAUGUACAGGGUUUUCUUAACCCUCUGAACAAAAUCCAGUCAAGUUGAAGGCUGGAUUUCUUCCAAAUUCUUUCAUCCGUAAGAGGACUAUUUAUUAUCAUGUAUGUUCAGCAGCCGUCCCAUCAACUUGUGAUGGGUGCCGUACGUCCAAAAGUCUGAACAAAUAAGGAUUUUCUAAGCGAAUAAGAAAAGGGACCAACAGAAGUUCACCAGUUGUGAAAUACAGGUUGUGUAACAUUUAACAAACCCCCAGUUUAUUUCUAGAAGAGGCAGCAGGUCAGAGGUAAGAGCUCUGUUUUUGCUCACUACUGCUGGAUGAAACAUUGAAGAUCUUCCUGUCAAUAAAUGCCUGGGUGUAUGUGUGUGGUUGUUUUUUUUUUUUUUUUUUGGCUGUGUUACAUUGUCCCCUUCAAAAGUCCGGACAUGAAUAUUUCAAUGAGCAUAAUAAUAAACUUGAACAAGCUUAUGAAGCCUUUGGAAAAGCUAUGAUUUUGUUAAUGUUCCUCAAGAACGCUUGAGAAUCGGAACAUCAGAAUGCUUUCAGCUCCCUCUGGGUUUUGGCAGGAAUUCCACAGGAGGUUUUACAUCACGAGUCUCUGCUGAGAGGAGAAAGAGAAAUAGCUACUGAAAUAGAUGAUUCAUGUGACAUGGAAAACAGCCAAAGCUGAAGCGAGACAGCAAUGAUAAUAUCGAGGAAUAUUCAAGAUUAACACUGAAUUUGCUGUUUUUCUACGUUUUGACUCAUGCAAGAGGAAUCGCGGCUUGCUGCAGCUCUGGGUUGAACCAAGUCAAACGAGAAAAGUCAACAGUUUUUGAGAUGUGCCGAUUUCAGCGGCUGUUAGCAAGCUAACACACACAGUGCACGGCCGGGGCAAAAUUUGCUAUAUUUACAGUGCCUUGCAAAAGUAUUCACGCCUUGAACUUUUACACUUUUGUUACCAUAACCAAAACCUGCAGUGCAUUUUAUAGUAAAGGUUUAUGUUCACCGCUUUGCAGAACCAUCUAUCACAGCGAUUGUUUCAUUCACUCUCGGGGAUCCUCUACCAGCUUUUUGCACAUCAAGAAAUUAAAGCUCGGUGUCUGUGAACAUCGACUUUCAAGUCUUGCCACGGCUUCUACAUUAAAAAUGGGUCUUAAAGAAAGCCUCUCCUCCCUACUCGGCUUGUUGCAGUCUGUACUAAUACUUCUUAUGGCUUUCUUUUUCAAGUACACUUUUUGUGGACUGCAAGGCCAGUACAUGUCCUUGUCAAAAGGAUUUUUGCACCUGAUCUGUGGGUCUCUGCAGCUCCUCCAGAGUUACCACGCACUUCCUGGCUGUUUCUUUGACUAAUCCUCUCUAUGUCUGCGACCUGUCGCUUUGGGUGGGCCGCUGUCAUCUUUGCAGCUGUCCCGUACUCUGUGGUGAUCUUACACAUUGGAUUCCGCCUUCAACAUAUUGGAUUUUGUGGUUCCAGCAUAAUACGUGAAAAGGUUCAAGUGAUACUUUUGCAGAACACUGAGUUAAAGAGAAAAGCCUACGUCUGUUCUUUUAUUUCUCUGAAAUCCAACAGAAUCUGCUUGCAUUGCCCAAACACUUGUUACACUGAAAGAAAACAGCUUUAGACCUUAGGUAAUGGAGAUGUUCUUUGUGCCAAACAUUGAGAUCUGCAAUUAAAAGGAAUGUAUGCUGUUAGACAGAUUUUCUCCCCCCAUAAAUAAUCCAGAAUGCUGUCACUAAACAGUAACCCUUUAAGUUGCUCGAGAAUAGCACUGUGAGGAUGGUGCCCAAUCUGUAUUUUAUACCAACAUAAUGCACUUACCCUUUCCUUUACAUAGCAUGAGCACACCAACAACUGCUUGUGUAUCAUUCAGUUCAGUUCUGUAACACAUUCUAAGACUUGUUUUGUGCUGUAUGUUUUUUUCUUUGUGUGUGUUUUGUUCUUUCGAACUCAUCUUUGAACAAAAGAAGCGCUGAUGAGAGUCAUGUACGUGCUUAUUGCUCUCUUUCCUUAAGUUUUUACAGACAAUGUCACUUGCUUGCUGGGUUUGCAUUGUGUGCAAAUCAUUCAACAAGUGUCAGUGAGAUCCUAAAACGCAAAUUAUAUAUUUGAACUGUUUCCUUUUUGUCUAUAUUGAACAACAAAAAAAGAAGAAACAGAAGAAGAAGAAGAAAAACAAAGACAAUCGAAAAAGAAAAAAAGAAUCCCAACAGUUUGCUUCGGUUCUUUAAGGGAUAUUUGUUUGUUUUUAUUUUCAGUAGACACAAACGGCCGUUCCCAUUUGCACAUAAAAUUAAUGGAGAUGUAUUUAUACAUUAUUGAUAAUUUAAUAGAGAUGCCAAAAACUGACCACCGAAGCCUAGAACAUACAAAUGGUAUUUAAUAGCAUUGACUAGUUAAUAGCCUUUGUAACAUGUAGUUAGCAUUCUAGAGUUAUUUGUGAAGGAUUAUUUGUGAACGUUUAUUUUCUUACAUGUCACGUACAAUGUAGUAGUGUAUGUUUUUUUUUUUUUUUUGUUAUACAUGACUAUUGCUUGCACUCUGCAAUAGAAUAUGGGUAUAAAAUGCACUCCUUUUGAUUGAAAAUGUUUGUCUGCUUAUACAAAAUCUACAGUACUUGAUUGUAUUGAUAACACAUCAAUAAAAAUACAGAAAAAAUC